GUCAAAGCAACGUGUGGCAGCUCGCGAUCCUAUAGACUUUGAAGCCCCUCCUUCUCCAAAAAAGGAAAUCAAAAUUCUGCCAUACGUUGACGCUCAUUAAUGCCGGAGCGGACAGUCGUAUUUCAAAAAACAUUAAAGCGAAAAAAAAUCUACAGUAGGGAGCAAAGGCCGGACCAAUUUUCAAUAAAUAACAGGGGAUACCCAUCUCUCUGUCUGUCUGCAUACGGACGAUUCUAGAUAUAGGUGGAGUGGGAAGGAAAGUGAAAAGGGACUAAAAAACGUUGAAUAAUCGGGAAGAGAGUAGGUAGACCGGACCGGGGAGGCAGACGUAUGACGGUGUGAAAGCAUCUAUUUCUUUGGUUCUGCACGGCCAUAAUGAGUUUUUCAGCGACAGGGAGUCGAACCCGGCACCUUCACUGACCAUGGUAUUAGGGCAUGGCAGGGCAGAACAGUAGGAGCAAGGCCCAAGUGGCUGCGGAGAACGCAAUUAGAGCUGUGGGUCGCGGCUACGAUAUCACCAACGAUCUGCGUUUAUCGUAUUGUAAGGGAGAUGGCUGCCUGAUCGACCUACAAGGGGAGGCUAAGCAGGAUGCCGUUAUACCGGGAGGCGUUAUUGUUCGCGAUGUGCCCAAGGCGAUCAAGUGCGAUAAGGGAGAGCGCACGCGCUUUAGGACCGACGUUUUGUCUUUUCAGCAGAUGUCAGAGCAUUUCAAUCAGGAACUCAAUAUACCAGGGAAAAUUCCUUCAGGUAUAUUCAAUGCCAUGUUCGAAUUCACAGGCUCAUGGCAAAAAGAUGCAUCUGCCACAAAACAUCUUGCCUUUGAUGGAUGGCUUAUAACUCUUUACAGCGUAGGGCUUACAAGAUCACAUAUAGUACUAUGUGAUGCAGUGAAACAAGAGGUUCCAUCUGCUUGGGACCCUGCAGCAUUAGCUGGAUUUAUUGACAAGUAUGGAACUCAUGUUAUCACUGGAGUAAAGAUGGGAGGGAAAGAUGUGAUUUUUGUUAAACAACAACACAGUUCAAGUCUUCAAGCAACAGUUGUACAGAAAUUGUUAAAAAGAAUAGCAGAUGAAAGAUUUGCAGAUGCUAAUGGUCGGUUCAGUUUUGAAUCUGAGGAAACCUCCCGAAGAGACAAAGUUGCAGAUCCUUUAAUGCAUACGAACCAUCUCAGGUUUGUGGAGUCAAAUGGCUCUACAUCUCAUUCAGUUAAAGAGGAUAUCAUAAAGAUAUAUAAGAGGAGAGGAGGUCUUGAGCAUUCUGACAGUCACCACCAGUGGCUGGGAACAGUACCGUCUGCUCCUGAUGUGAUAUCUAUGUCAUUCGUCCCAAUAACAUCCCUCCUAAAUGGAGUUCCAGGAACUGGAUUUUUAAGCCAUGCUGUAAAUUUAUACCUCCGUUAUAAGCCACCUAUUGAAGAACUCUAUCAGUUUCUGGAAUUCCAGCUUCCCAGACAAUGGGCUCCUGUCUUUAGUGAGCUUCCUCUUGGACCACAACGAAAGGAACAUGGAAAUGCAUCCCUUCAAUUCAGCUUAAUGGGUCCCAAAUUAUAUGUCAAUACAAGUCCAGUCAAUGUAGGUAGGAGACCUGUGACUGGUGUUCGCUUGUUCUUGGAAGGGAAGAAAUGCAAUCGAUUGGCAAUCCAUCUUCAGCAUCUCUCGUCUUUACCGAAAAUUUUGCAAUUGUUUGAUGAUGAUGAUGGUGAAACUGAAGAAGCUAGUCGUAAAUACUAUGAGCCAGUGCAGUGGAAAAGUUUCUCUCAUGUCUGUACUGCACCUGUUGAGUGCAGUGGAACAUUGAUUGGUGAUCCGGCAUCAAUUGUGACUGGGGCACAGCUUGAAGUGCGGGUUGAGAAAAUGAAAAAGGUCUUAUUUUUGAGGCUUCGAUUUUCCAGGGUUGUUGGAGCAAGUAUUCGGAGGUCUGAAUGGGAUAAUUCUCCAAAUAUAAACCAAAAAUCAGGUAUUAUAUCCACACUCAUUAGUACGCAUUUCACCUCAGCACAGCAGCCACCAAAGCCUACACCAGUUAACAUUAAUUCUGCCAUAUAUCCUGGUGGUCCACCAGUUCCUGUGCAAGUCCCAAAGUUAUUGAAGUUUGUCGAUACAACAGAAUUGACGAAGGGUCCACAGGACAUGCCUGGCCAUUGGGUUGUAACUGGAGCUAAGCUAUGUGUGGACAGUGGUAAAAUAUCUUUGCGAGUAAAGUAUUCGCUUUUAACUAUAUCAUUGGAGGAUUCUAUGUAGGAGAAAAAUUCAGAUCUAUUGAGUGCCGUAGUUUUUGUGCUAUAAUCAACUUAAUAAUUUUUCCUUUUUAAAAAUAAUCAUACGCCAUGUUAAGAGGAAGUGCAGUAAAACAUCAUUCUUGCUGUAUGUAUUAAUAGAUUAGGAGAAAGCCAGUGGUUUUCUAAAUGCUGUGGAACAUUUUCUGAAGAUGCAAAGGUCCAGCUGUGGGUUGUGUACAAGAAGCCUUUUGUGUAACUGGAAGUUUGUAUCUUGUGUAGUUCUAUCUUGUAUACAUUUUAUGUAAUUUUCUCCAUGACAAAUUUGUGUUGAGAAUAUGAUAUUCCUUGUA